AUGAACGUCACACCGUUGGAUGAAUUGCAGUGGAAAUCACCAGAAUGGAUCCAGGUGUUUGGUCUAAGAACCGAAAAUGUUCUAGAUUAUUUUUCAGAAUCACCAUUUUUCGACAAAACGUCGAAUAAUCAGGUUAUCAAAAUGCAAAGACAGUUCUCUCAGUUGAAUGAUCCUAAUGCUGGCGUGAACAUGACACAGAACAUAAUGAACCUGCCAGACGGCAAGAAUGUGGAAGACGAACUUGCUUAUGUGGACCCGGCAAGAAGACAAAUUCUCUUUAAGUACCCGAUGUACAUGCAAUUAGAGGAAGAACUAAUGAAGCUGGACGGUACCGAGUACGUGCUAAGCAGUGUACGAGAACCGGACUUCUGGGUCAUCAAGAAACAGAAACGAAUAAAUAAUACUACUGCAGGCAGCUCUAGGGGGCCUAGGAUCAUUCCGCUACAGGAUUACUACAUAAUUGGUGCCAACGUAUAUCAAUCGCCGACGGUUUUCAAGAUUGUACAGAGCAGGCUGAUGUCUACUAGUUACCACCUUAACAGCACAUUGAAGAGCCUGUACGACCUCAUCGAAUUCCAGCCCUCGCAAGGCGUGCACUACAAAGUGCCCAUAGACACCGCCACUACCACCGCCACCACUGGCGCAAACAACGGCAAUAAUGUUGGUGGCGGCAGUAAUAAGAACAGUGUACGGCCCACCGGCGCCGCAAAUAUGGCCACUGUUCCCUCGACCACGAACGUUAACAUGACCGUCAACACCGUGGGCACGGGAGGUCAGACUGUGGACAAUGGUGCCGGCCGUGCCGGCAAUGGGAACAUGGGAAUCACCACGGAGAUGCUGGAUAAGCUGAUGGUGACAAGCAUUAGGUCCACUCCCAGCUACAUAUGA